AUGCCUAAAUAUCAAGAUGCAAAAAAUAUUUUGGACCUGACACACUUAAUGAACACAUCUUAUGAAAGUAAGUACCUACUUGCUAUUUAUAGAUACAUUUUGUAUUAUGUUAAUUUACAUAUUUAUACUAUAGUACCUUGAGACUUUAAAAGUAUGUAAUACCUAUUUAGUAUAUAUUCAUAUUAUAAUUACACGUACAUUAUAAAUAAUAAUAAUUAUACAUUUUACUUAUAUUGGUACAUGGUUAAUAAGUAAACAUGUUAUUCUUUUUAGAUCAUCGGAAAGUUGUGAAAAAUAAUUAUGAAACCACAAAUACGUAUACUAAUAUCGUAUACUAAUCACACAUUUUGGAGCUUUAAAACAGUAUUUAGUGUGACCAAAAGUUUGAAAACUUUUGCAUAAUGGCACUUUUUUUUUGGAGGUUCCACUUUAAUUUUAUGAUAACACAAAUUUUCAAAAUCAUAGAUGUCUUUGUUAUUUGCUUGUGGUUUCAGAACAAAAAAGAAUAGUAGAAGCCUAACAAUAAUAAAAUCACAGCUCUUGUUGUUACAAUAAACUUUUUUAUUUCAUCUAAAUGUUCGUAUAAUUAUUUAUAAGAUUUCCUAAUUCAGAUUAAUUAUUUCUAUAGCUCGAUUGCAAUUUCUCUACCAUUUGUUUUAAGGCUGAAUUGACAUAUUGAAUUUGUGUUAACUAUAAUAUUUUGUAGCGGAUUUACACCGUCGUUUAUAUUCUCAUACAUUGUAAUUCGAUCAGUUUACGUGUGACUCACUUAAAAUAUGUUUGUUUAUAAAAACUCCGCGCUAGGCCGUAUUGUGCAUUAUAAACAUUGAUCUAAAAAAAAAAAAAAAUGAAUAACUGAUACAGCGCUAUUUCGCGAACUCUGAGAGAGAAACAUACGUGUUCUUUGUUGAGUGUACACAUCACAAUUUGUUUACACAGUAUAAAAGAAAAAAAAAUAAGCAUUUUAGUAAAAACAAUACAUAAAUUGCUACACUCAGGUUCUAAAAUAUUAAUAUAGUUAUAACCUAAAUAACCCUACAGGGUUCCUCACGGGGAUUCGACAAAUGCAAUAAUUUUUGUUCUAUUGAAUAGUUUUGACAUACUUUUUUUUUUUUUAUUGAGUAUGCCUCGGAACUACAAUUUAUAUAUAAACAUUUUUCGUUUAGAGGGAGGGGGACUUAAAAUAAAAAUUCAAAAUAUCCAUUAUGUAAAGUAGAUGUUUAGAAUAUUAUUAGAAAUUAAAACUUUUGUAAAAGUAUAUGCUUUUAUUUUUUUAAAUUUUGGAAAUGUGAAUAUAAUCUAAUGAGGUUAUUCAGAAAUCAGUUAUUAGUCAAGAUUUUAUUUUCAACAAGUUUAAAUAAUAAAAUAAUAUUGUCUUAUUAAAAAUAUAACGGGUUUAAAUAAUAAAUAAUGAAACUUUAAGUUAAUGAAUAAUAUUGUUAUGGUUAAGAAGAAAAUUUACUAACUUUUCAAAAAUUGUAGAAAAAAAAAUGAACCAAAAAUGUUCUAAAAACCUAUUUUCCAAUAUAGCUAUUUCAAAUUUUUUAUUUUAGGUCACACUCUUCCUAAAAAUAAAAUGUUAAUUGAUAAACUGUACAACGAGGUACACAAAUUAUUUAAAAAAAAAUGUAUCCCAAAAUUAUUGAAUAAAACAAAUUUUACUGCAUUUUUAUCAAAUCCAGGUGGACCAAAAGUAAUUGUAUAUUUGAAGAUCCUCAUGGGACACACUGUAUGUCUUACCUUUUUAAAUUCCAACCAAAAAAAAUGGCAAAAAUUGUCAGCCUUAUCGGUUCUUUGUUUUGCAAAUAUAUUUUUAAGCACACUUUAUAGAUAAAUUUGCAUAAUUUGAAAUUAUUUGCAACCCGUAAAAGUAAAUAAAUUGUUUUUCGUAAUCGAUUACUCAUAGUUAUUUUAGAUAUUGUAGAUUUAUUGAGUUAAAAACCAUAAUGUAUACAAUAUUACCCCAGAUUUGUAAACGCAUCAAUAUAAAUUCUAGUUGAACUGUAGUGAUUUUAUUAGUUUGUCAUUUAGCGUGUGUUAAACAUUAUACUUUAAACAUUUUAUUAUAUUUUUAUUCGAUGUUUUAUAUUUGUACAAAACCAUACAAAUAAAGCAGCAUUUGCAAAUUCAUAAACAUACUACAUUUUUAUCCUAAAUUUGUUUUGUUUUAACAUAAUUAACACACACAGAUAUUAUUUUUUAUUAUUCAAUUUCUUUGUUCUAUCAUAUCUAAAUACAAAUAUUGUAUAAAAAUGAAUGGUUUCUUAAAUGUAAUUAUUGUCAUUUUUUUUUGUAUUUGUAUAAAACACUCAAAAUCUGAAACUCUUCAAAAACAUCUUCAGGAAAACGAUGAGACAUCAACAACAAGCAAUCAAAUAAUGAAAAAUGCAUCUAUACAAGAAUCACAAAAUAAGGUAGAAAAUCUGAAACAAUAAAAAGUAAAAAUUGCCAGCCAUAUACGUUCUUUAUUUUGUAUACGCGUUCUUUAACUCAUAGAUUUUAGGUAAUACAAGUAUGCAGAAUUUUAUAAUUAUUUGAACACUGUAUAAAAAAAAAAAAAAUUAAUUUCAUAAUUGAUGACGCACAGUUAUUUUAGACAUUUCUGGUUUUAUUAGUUAAAAACCAUAAUGUUUACAAAAUUACAUCAGAUUUGUAAAAUCACAUCAAUUUAAAUACUAGUAAAAUUGUACUAAUUUUAUGAGUUUGUCAUUUGGCACCUGUUAAACUUUAUGGUUUAAAACUUGCGCUUUAAUUUUUUUUCUAUUUUACGUUUUAAAUUUGAACAAAACUAUACAAUUAGAAGAGCGUUUGAAAAUUCAUAAAUAUAUUACAUUUUUAACCUAAAAUUGUUUUGUUUUAACAUACCUAUCAUACACAUAUAUUAAUUAGAAAAUGUAUAGUUUCAUAGAUUUAUUUAUUAAAUUUAUUUUUGUGUUUGUAUAAAAGAUAGAACGUCGAAGUCUUUCAACUCUUCGGGAACUUUUUGAAGAAGAACGUGUUGAAGAAAAUACAAUUAGUCGAGUAGAAAAAAAUACAUCCACGCUAGGAAUAAAGAAAAACAAAGAUAAUGUAAUAAAAAGAAUUUUCAAAGGACGUAAAAAGCAACCUACUUCACUUAAAAGUAAAUCGAAGGUAACAUAACGUUAUUGUAUUAUUUUAUGAAUUUGUAUUGAUUGAUGUCAUAUAAUACUAUAAAAAAGGUUCAACUUUGUUACCUAGGCACUAUUCUAUUUGAAUAUAUAUGCCAAACUUAUGAACAGUAUUUUGUGUAAUUUAUUGUAUAAGUAUGUAAAUACAGAUAUUCGAAAAUAUGUUAUUCUCCAGUUCUUGGGAUGAUAUAAACAUUUACGUUUUUUAUAUAAGUCGUGAUUUGCUGUAAUUGAAACUCAUAUAUAGAAAUUUAAAAUCAUUUUUAUUAUCAUGAAAAAUGUCCAAAAAUUUAUGAUACGAAUUCAAAACCAUUUUUUUUUUUCCAUUAAAUAAUAAAUUGUAAUGGGAAAUACGUACUGCAGACGAUACAGUAAAAUUCGUUUACUCAUUUUUUUUAUUUUUUUUUAUUUAUAAUCAAUAAUCAAAUAAUUGAUCAGCCGGUAAUACAAUUUAAUCAUACUCCAUAUUUUAUUAAAAAAUUAGAAAUACGAUUAUAAUAUUUUAGUUUGUAAGUGUUUUUUUUUAUCGUUAAUUGACCGUACUAUGAAAUGGAAUUUUAAAUGUUUUUACUAAUAUAUGAAUUUAUUAAAACGACGUGACUAAGUUUCACAUAGGUGCAAUUAAAAAAUACGGAAUAUAAAUUUGCAUAAUGUUAUAUUUCAGACAUCGAAUGAUAUAGUUUGGGAUAUGAAAGACACAGAUUUGGAUAUUAAGGAUGCAAUAAUUAAAACUGACCACUCUUCAUAUGACGAAAUUAAAGAAAUCCCACAGGAGUUUGAUGCAAGAAAAACAUGGACAGAUUGUGCUGAACUUAUUGGAAAAAGCAUAGAUCAGGGUAAUUACCCAAAUGCCUGGGUGAUUAUAAAAACAAUUCAUUAUAAUGAGAUCCGUUACAUUGUAUUAUUAAUUCAGAAUUUUAAUUUUAUUUCGUUACAUAUAAUUGCAUAGGCUACGGUCACUUGUGGAGNAACAGUUAUCAGUCGAAGAGUUAACAUUCUGUUGUAAAAAGUGUAUAGUUUAUGACAAUAAAUUAGGCAACAAAUACCAAGCUUUGGUAUAUUUUCGAGACGUUGGUGCGGUCACUGGAGGGGAUUACGGUACCUCCAAUGUGAGUAAAAUAACUCACGAUAUUAAUACCAUAUGAACCUAAUCGAUAAAACAAGAAUUAAUUUAAUAUCAUACAACUUCGAUAGGGAUGCCUACCGUAUACAAUAGCACCUUGUAUAAACGAAGAAGGAAAGAAUACAUGCGAUGGUCAACCACAUGAACCGAAGCACAAUUGUUCGACACGUUGUACCGGAAACACAGGGCUUGAUAUAAAUUCAGCUCGUUGGAAAGGUAUGUAGUAUAAGAUUAAUAUUAUUUAAUAUCUUUCAUACAUAGUCACUUAUUUACUAGUAACUGUAUUAUAAAAUGAUAACGGAUACUGGUUUUUAUUGGUUUAUUUACAUAUAUGUUACGGGCAAUGCCGAAAUCGGGCAAAUCAUAGAAAUACCCGGCAAAACGCGAAGUGUCCACGAUACUUGGGCAAAACGUCAUAUUUGGGCUUUCGCCCAGACAAAUCUAAUUGUAGCCAACCUCUUUCAGCCAUUCUGUACAUUUUAAUUUUUCACAAUUAAUAGGUACCAUCUUAAUAAUAUUACAAUACUCGUUCUCCUCAGUAAUAAAUUGGUCCUUGCAUGGAAAUAUCUGGUUUUGACAUAAUACUGAAAACAUAUAACAAUCAUUUGGACAAAAAUAUAGCUACUUUUAUUGUAAGAUCUGUAUAGAAUAUUUAUUUAUUAGAUUUAUUUAUUUAUAUAUUUUAUAAAAUAAAUGUAUGGACGUUAAAAAUUUGGUCAAAUAAGGUUGGUCACAGCUAGGUUUGUCCGGAAAAAAAGCCGAAAUAUGACGUUUUUUCCGUAAAAUAAUAAAUAUAUAUAAAUGUUUUAUGUACUUACAGCUAAAAAUGCAUACUUCAUAUAUGAUAUUGAACUAAUACAAAAAGAUAUUAUGAAAUAUGGACCAGUCACCUCUUCGUUUAAGCAAUACGAUGAUUUUUUUUCGCAUGAUAUAGGUAGCUAAUGUUUAUAAAUAUACUAUUUUUGAUUUUUUUUAUUUUACGAAAUUUAAUAUUGUCUUAAGGUGUUAUUUAUGAGAAGCCUGAGAUCCCUUCAAAAUUUUAUCAUGAUCACCCAGUCAAGAUAAUCGGUUGGGGUGAACAAGAUGGUAAAGCGUACUGGUUGUGUGUCUAUACAUAUGGUAAUUUCUGGGGAGAUAAUGGAACGUUUAAAAUUGCUAAGGGCAGCAACGAAUGUGAAAUUGAAGACAGAGUAACCGCGGGUGAACCGUUAGAAUCUUUUUUCUUCUAG